UCAGUGUGUCCUCGAUGUUGGGGCAGUCCAACUCAUUUGCGAUCUAAAUCUGUCCUGUAGGGGACGCUUUGACUUGUGAACCCGGUGUGUCGGUUUUUCCCUUUCACUCGUAGAAGAAGAAACGAAUCCCUCGCCCAGCCUGAGCUUGAGCAUUGAUUGAGCAAGGUGUCUGUCUGCCGCGCCGCCGUACCAGUCUGGUCGGCCGCCAGCCCCGUAGUCGGCGCUCCCCCCCCCUCCCUUCCUUCCCGAACAGCCGCCCGCCCGCCCGUCCGUCGGCUUCCAACGCGGCCCCCGAAGACAGCCUCACCGCGAAUCCGGUCCCGUCCACCAUGGCGACCAGCGCCAAGCGGAAGCAAGAGGAGACCCAUUUGAAGAUGCUCCGGGAAAUGACUAGCCUUCCCGCGAAUAGGAAAUGCUUCGACUGUGACCAGCGCGGCCCGACCUAUGUCAACAUGACGGUGGGCUCCUUCGUCUGUACCACUUGCUCCGGCAUCUUGCGAGGGCUCAACCCCCCACACAGAGUCAAGUCCAUCUCCAUGACAACAUUCACACAUCAAGAAAUUGAGUUUCUACAGAAGCACAGCAACGAGGUCUGUAAACACAUCUGGUUGGGCCUCUAUGACGACAGGACGUCAGUUGUUCCAGAUUUUCGGGAGCCGCAGAAAGUCAAAGAAUUCCUCCAGGAGAAAUAUGAAAAGAAACGAUGGUACGUGCCUCCGGACCAGAGCCGCUCGGUCCAGGCCUCGGUGUCCGGCUCGUCGGCCAGCAGCGCCGGGAGCACCCCGGAAGUGCAGCCUCCCCUCAAAAGCUUGCAGCUCAACAAGACCCCGCUUCGUCAAUCCCCGGGGUCGGGGCGCACCCAGGUCCACGUGGCGGCCCAGGAGAAAAAGUUUGACCUGCUGUCAGACCUGGGCGGGGACAUCUUUGCUGCUCCGCCGCCGCAGGCCUCCGCCGCCGCCGCCAACUUUGCCAACUUUGCACACUUUCCCAGCCAAUCAGCACCUCGAGGUAAUAGAGACUUUGCCAACUUUGACGCGUUUGGAAACACUGCCAUUCCAUCAUCCCAUUUGAGCACGUCACCCCCCUCAAAGUCCUUUUCCGCAGGGGGAGGCGCGCCAAUCGCGUCCAGGUCCGGCGCCGUCCCCGUCCAGUCCGCGGCCGGGAGCCGCGCGGAAGAUCGCUACGCCGCUCUGGCCGAGUUGGACAACAAGCUGGGCUCCUCCGCGGGCGCCAACGCGCAAGGGAAUUUGUUUGGGCCGGUGCUGGGAUCCUCUCCUGCCCAGAACGCGCCCGUUCUCCCUGCCGUUCAGUCUGCUUUUGGAGGCGUCCCUUCCACCAAUCCCUUCGUGGCGGCGGCUUCCGAGAUGGCCGCCAACCCUUUCCAGGCCAACGGCAGAGCUCCGGCCGCAGCCGCCGCCGCCGCUGCCGCCGCCGCCUCCUUCGGUACGGGUUCGAUGAGCAUGCCCGCCGGCUUUGGGAAUUCGUCUUCGUACCGCCUCCCGACCAGUUUCAGCGGAAACUUCCAGCAACAAUUCCCCGGCCAGGCCCCCGUCCCUUACGCUCAACCCGGGGCCUACCACCCUCAGUCCAAUGGCCCCGCGUUCCCGGUCUACGGUCCGAACAAGCCUUUCGCUCAGCCCGCGACCGCUCCCGCCGUGUCCAACAACCCCUUCGUGGCGGGAGCACCCGGCGGGCCGUUCCCUUCGGGCGGUACCUCCACCAACCCCUUCCUGUAGCGCGACCCGGCCACGAGAGGGCAGCAUGCAGCGCAUUAGUCCCCCGUUCAGGUCACGCUAUAAGUGGCGCUCCGUUUCUUUCCGCACAAAGUUUACACUCUGGAGGAGAACAAAGGACUAUAUCUGUGACUAAGGGACUGUUAGGGAGA